UGAGUGGGUGGAGAAGUUGGAGGAGUUGAGGGCGAGAGACGCGCGUUUGAGUGAGUUGGAGAGGCGCGUGAAUUCGCUGAAUGAUCAGUUUGUGGCGGAAGAGGAGAGCUACUGGAGAGAUUAUUCUAAGUGGAAAAUGAUAGAGAGCGGGUUGUGCGCGAGGAGGUGGAAGAUGUUGUGCGAUUCGGAGAGAUUUGAGGGGAUGUUGGAGAGGUUGAGGUCGUUGUAUCCGUUGAACGACGUGUUUCACAUAUGGCACGACGGGCAUUUUGCGACAAUCAACUCGUAUCGCGUGGGGACUCGCGCGCCGGGGAGCGGCGAGGUGGUGCCGCAUCAGGAGGCCUCGGUGGCGCUAGAGUUUUUGGCGAUGGCGGUUCAGAGGAUAUUGACGGUGCUGAGUCACGCAUGUUCGGAGUGGGAGAUCCAACUGAGUGGGAGCGGCGCCUGUUUGGUGCGGAGGCCUUCUGGGGAGCGGUACGUGCUGUGUUCGGAGAAGAGAGGCGUGUUUUCGAAGUUGGUGGUCAAGACGUCUUUCGACGUCGCGUUGUGCGGUUUGGUGUGUUGCGUGGCAGAAAUUGGCGAAGUUUUGCUGAAAGCGUCUGGGUUCGAGUUGCCGCACGCGGUGGAGCGGUGUGGGAAGGUCGCUGGGAGGUGCGUGAGGAGGGCGGCGAACUCGGAGGAGAGCUGGACGCAGUGUUUGUGUUGUUUGACUGCGAACGUGAAGGCGAUUAUUUGGUGGUGUUCGGAGAAUCGGGAUUUGACCGCUCAGCUGUAAAAGAGGGGAGGAAAAAAAAAAAAAAAAUUGGCUAAAUGUCCCUGUGCCGCGCACAUGGUUCAGUUUAUUUGACUUGUCGGGGAUGUGCGAGAUGCCCGGAGGUGCGGCGGUCGAUUUGUUUGAGCUGCUUUCCGUGUGCGUUGACUUGUCUAUGAAGGCGGGCGAGGUUGUGCGAGAAGUAGCCCGGGGCGAGAUGGGCUUGCACGCCAAGGACGAGCACGGAGAUUUGACAGGUGUUGUACCGACGCUGAACGAGGUACAGUCUGGGGUGGACGUGGUGACGAGCGCGGACUUGCUGGCUCAGGGUCUGAUUGAGGGUUCGUUGGUGUGCGAGUUUCCAGGCCUGCGCCUGGUGGGCGAGGAGGUGGUGGGUGCGGACGAUUUGAAGGCGGUGCCGGCGGACCGGUCGUUGGUGUUUCGUCUGGGAAGAGGUGGAGAGGUGCAGAGGAGAGUGGUUGAUAUGAGCGAGGUGGUGGUUUACGUAGAUCCGUUGGACGGGACGCGGGAGUACGUGGUCGGCGACAGGAAGUUGGUGUUUGUGAUGAUUGGGAUAUCGUACAGGGGCGUCGCCUAUGCCGGGGUGGUACAUCAGCCAUUUGAGGGCGAAUGCGGUCGGACGAUUUGGUGCAUGGAAGGGUAUGGGUGUUUCGACGACCACCCCGACAGGAGCGAGAAUUUGUUGACGAGGGUGGCGCCCAGUCGCGAUACGGUGGUGUUGGUGACGACGAGGUCGCAUCACAGCGAGGCAGUCGACGUGGCGUGUGCGUACUUGAGCGCGGACGAGGUGAUUCGCGUGGGCGGCGCGGGGUACAAGAUACUUUGCCUGGCGAGAGGAGUCGCGGACGUGUACUGUUAUCCUUCACCUGGGACGAAGAAGUGGGACACGUGUGCGCCGGAAGCGAUUUUGAGGGUGGCUACAGGCGGGAAGCUGACAGACUUUCAGAACUUGCCAAUUGACUACGACGACACCGAGAACGUGGAGAACUACGGCAUUUUGGCGACGAGAGAGAGUGAAUACCACGCGGUUUGCUCGGAGAGGCUGUUUGGUGGGGGCUUUUGCCGGUGGAAGGAGCUGAAUGAGAGAAGGUGAAAAAAAAAAGAAAAGAAUUUUCAUUGUUUUCAUUAAAAACCGAGAGAGAGAAAAAAAAAGAGU